AUGGCCACUCAGCAAGUAUACCGUCUGCCUCAGCGCACCUCUGUUCAGGAUCUCAAGGUCGGCACGGAGUCCGUGCCUUCUCCUUCGUCUUACGAGGUCCUCAUUCGGAUUCGGAACGUCGCACUCAACUUCCGCGACUUCGCCGUGGCGACUGGCAAAUAUCCUUUCCCGGUCAAGGACAAUGUCAUCCCUUGCUCCGAUCUUUCAGGCGAUGUCGUCAAGGUUGGCCAACAGGUGGACGGCUUCGCCGAGGGUGACAAAGUCGUCGCAGCUUUUGACCUCAGCACGCUCUACGGACCCAUGAAGGACUGGAACCACAGCCUUGGCGGCUGCUUUGAUGGAGCUCUGCGACAGUUUAUUGUCCUGCCGAGCUCUGCUUUGGUCAAAGUUCCUUCGGAAUCGAAGUUGAGCUACGGCGAGCUUUCGGCUCUGGUGUGCACCGGAUCAACGGCUUGGAACUCCCUGUACGGGAACACCCCGCUGAAGCCUGGUCAAACCGUUCUUUUCCUUGGAACCGGCGGUGUUUCGAUUACCGGACUCAUGCUUGCCAAGGCAGCCGGAGCGACCACGAUCAUCACGUCCUCUUCCGACUCGAAGCUCAAGUAUGCCCAAGAGACCUAUGGUGCGGACCAUCUCAUCAACUACAAGACGACCCCCGACUGGUCGAAGGAAGUUCUCAGAAUCACCAAGGGUCAUGGUGCCGACUUCAUCUUCGAAAACGGCGGUGCCGGAACCAUUGCCCAGAGCAUCAAUGCCGUUGCCUACGGAGGUUCCAUCGCUGUCAUUGGCUUCCUUGCCUCAUGCCCCCAGGACCAGAUGCCCGAUGUCGCUGCCUUGGCUUUGUCGAAGGGAGCAGUUGUCCGUGGCAUUAUGGUCGGAUCUAGACAGCACCUGGAGGAGGUCACCCGUUACGUAGUUGCUCGGGGCUUGAGAGUGCCUGUCGAGAAGGAAUUUGGUUUCGGGCGGGAUGAGAUCAUUGCUGCAUUCGACUACCUCUCCACCGGCUCUCAUGUCGGAAAGGUCUGCAUCAACGUCCAGUAG